AUGAGUGAUCUUCACUCCAUUGCUUAUAGCAGCAGCCAUAGCUCUUCCCUAGCUUGGGAAUUACAAAAUCUUGGAGUUUUCAACGCAGACACACCUCAGUUGAUGAUGGAGAACACCCCACCAUUUUUUUCAUCUCUUGAAGCUGAUUAUUCAACUGGGUAUUUGCAAGACGCUUUGUUUGAAUUCAGCUCUAAACGAAGAAGAUUGCUUCUAUUUCCUGAAGAUAUUCGCACCGAAGUCUGCAACAAUUCAAUUGAGAAUUCUUAUGAAAGUUAUGAUGCAUUCAGCCAAAUAAGCAAGUGCGAUAGCAUCAAUCCAGGUAUGAGCAGAUCGCUGAGCAUUAUGAGUGAGGAUGCAUCACUUUUCACUGACAUGAAAACAUCACAAGAGGCAAUCUCAGCCUUUCAAAUAUAUGAUUCUUCAUCACUCAACACUCAACCCACAUCUGAUAAACAAUCCCUAUAUUCUAUACAACCCAUAGUUUCUUCUGGUGUGGGCGCGGGUGGCGAAAAGAGAUCAAAGAAGAGAGUGAUAGAAGAGGUUGUGUAUCCCUUCGAUUUCGUUAAACCAGGAGGAUUUGAAGGGGACGUAACAUUAGACGACAUAAAUGAGAGAAUUCUAAUGCCUCCGAGUAGGCCAGUUCGACAUCCAGUCGGGGAUUUUGCGUGCAGGCCAUUAGUGUCAUCUGCUGAUGGCCUGGGUUUAUCUGGCAAGGCUGUGGUGGCACUCACCAGAAUUCACACUCAAGGGAGAGGUACAAUCACAAUCAUCCGGACCAAAGGUUAA